AUGCCUUGUGCCCCUCAGUCAGCCAUGUCGGGAUCUGACCCUACCCAUCAACUGGUCAACACCAGCUAUGGAACCCACCUGUGCCUUGACCCCAGCCACCAGCAGGCUGACACCAGCUCUGGGGCCCCUGACCCUGCAGCUGCCACCCUGAGAACAGAGGCUUGUGGUGAUCCACCGAGAUUUAAAACUAUGAUGCUCCAAGGUGCGCCUAAACCCAAUUAUCGUCCUGGGGAAUGCGUGCAAUAUGAGUGUCGUCUAGGUUUCAAGCCCAAGCUUCCUGCUCUCCCCAGAUCUGCUGUUUGUCAAGAUAAUAAUACAUGGUCAUCUCUCCAGGAUGCCUGUGUAGAAAAAUCAUGUCCUAAUCUAGGAGAUCCUGUGAAUGGCUACGUUAACCUAGUGAAUGGAAGUGUUCUCUUCGGUUCACAGGCUCACUUUGCUUGUAAUCCAGGUUUUUAUCUGAUUGGAGCAAAAAUUAUAUAUUGUGAAAUUUCUGGAGAUAAUAUGAACUGGAGUGAUAAUCUCCCAAUUUGUGAAAUAAUUCUGUGUACACCACCUGGAAAUAUAACGAAUGGAAGAUUCACCCAGUAUAAGGAAGUAUAUCAGUACAGUGAAGUAGUGAUGUAUAGGUGUAACCCUUCAAAUGGGCCAGAUGAAUAUUCUCUUAUUGGAGAAACUACCCUUAUUUGUGUGGAUCAUAACAGAUGGAGCAGUGACCCACCAGAGUGUAAAGUGGUCAAAUGUGACUAUCCAGUCGUCAAACAUGGAUCAAUAGUAUCAGGAUUUAGAGGAAAAUAUUACUACAAUGUGGAAGUUGUAUUUCAGUGUCAUGAUGGUUUUUACCUUCACGGGAGUAGCACAGUUGUCUGUGGUGCAAAUGGGACUUGGGAGCCCGAGCUACCAAAGUGUACUACUAAAGUGUCCCUUUGUAAACAGCUUGUGUUCGGUUUUGAUGAAACCCGGUGUGUCUGCGCUUUUGGUGACACAUCCGAGAAAUCACUGCCAGACCCCACAUCCUGA